GUGCAUCUCCAUCCUCUGGGAUGAGAUUACAGUGCACGGACUGAGAUUCGCAUUUAUGCAUUCACCUUCUUUGCAAUUCUGAUAUUUAUUUUGUUUCAUUUGAAGGCGGAGAGCGCGUUUACUGUCCAGGAGCGCGCAGCGUGGCACACGCUGGAACAAAAACAGCUCAGUGCAGCGCAGGCAGGUUUCCCUUUUAAAAGCAGCAGAACAAGCAGGAGAGUUACGGAGUCCUCUCCGGGAAGCGGUGUCGGCGCAUGACAGACGGACUCUUAAAAAACAAACAAACAAAAAACAAAUUUUCGGGAUACUGAGGAGAAAUCGGCAGCGGGAACUUGAAUAUGGCGACUGUGAAGACGUUCGACCUUUUCGUUGGAGUUGUUUUAGUUUUGCAGUGUGUGUGGAAUGUGCAAGCCGAGAUCACAGCCAGUAACGGGGUUCCAUACACAUAUGUGCAGGGGCAGGCGAGAGAUGAGGAUACAGCAGUCGACGUGAAGCUCCACAGCCACCGGUGGAGGAGAUGGUUGCCCCCAAAACCUCGUAACAUGGACAGUAACAGAGCCAGUCAAGAGCAGGACCAGGAGCCUGAACAGGAGGAGCCUGAAGGCUUCCCGGGCCUGUUGUCAGCAGAAGAAGCAGACAACAGCUCCCAGAUAGAGGAGGACACAGAUCACAACUACUAUACAUCAAAAACAUACGGCCCAUCAGAUCCAAUGAGCAAGAACUUGUGGGUAAAUAUUGACCAGAUGGACAAGGACAAAGUGAAGAUCCACGGGAUUCUGUCCAACACACACAGACAAGCCGCGAGAGUUAAUCUGUCCUUCGAUUUUCCUUUUUAUGGACAUUACCUGCGUGAAAUCACAGUGGCGACUGGCGGGUUCAUCUACACUGGGGAUGUGGUCCACCGGAUGCUAACAGCUACACAGUACAUCGCUCCACUAAUGGCCAACUUUGACCCAAGUCUCUCCAGAAACUCUACUGUCAUCUACUCUGACAAUGGUACUGCUCUGGUUGUGCAGUGGGAUCACGUGCACCUGCAGGACAACUACAGCCUGGGUAGUUUCACCUUCCAGGCCACAUUGCACAAGACUGGUCGGAUCGUCUUCGCAUACAAGGAGAUCCCCGUCGAGGUGUCACAGAUCAGCUCUGUCAAUCAUCCCGUGAAGGUUGGCCUGUCUGAUGCCUUUGUGUUGGUCCACAAGAUCCAGCAGAUACCCAAUGUGAGGCGGAGGACGAUCUAUGAGUACCACCGCGUGGAGCUGACGAAGACAAAGAUCACCAAUUCUACAGCUGUGGAAAUGAUGCCUUUACCCACCUGUCUGCAGUUCACCAGCUGUAGCGCCUGCAUCUCCUCACAGAUCAGCUUCAACUGUAGCUGGUGCCAUCGGCUCAACAGAUGUUCCACCGGCUUUGACCGCCAUCACCAGGACUGGAUGGACAGCAGCUGCCCAGAUGAGACCAAGGACAAGAUGUGUGACAUCAUAGACACUACGUACCUUUACCCUUUGACUACAACGGUUGCUGCCAAAACAACAGCCAAGAGGAAGGAGACCACUUCAGGCAGGGACAUACCCUCCACCUUACACCCUCCCAAUAGCGUCCCCACUGAAGAUGACACCAAGCUCGCUCUGCCUCUCAGAGACAACCAGGUGAUGCCAGCUGACAGUGCUGUAGACAGGGUGCCAGGCACUCAUCCUCUUCACACUGGUCUGAUCCUGGGCAUCUUGCUGGUGAUGCUCAUCAUGAUAGCGGGCGUGCUGAUCACCGUCUACAUCUACCAUCACCCGACCUCUGCAGCCAGCCUCUUCCUUAUCGAGAGACGCCCGAGCAGGUGGCCAGAUGAGUUUCGCCGGGGGUCGGGUCACCCAGCCUACGCGGAGGUGGAGCCUGUGGGCCAGGAGAAGGAGGGCUUCAUCGAGUCCGAGCAGUGCUGAGGGAGGAGGGGGUGUCCCACAUCCCUCCCUCCCCCGCACCCUGCAGCCUCCCUCCUGUGCUAGCCCUCAUCCCUCCUGCUCCACAGAGAGUUCUAACUUGGAACCUCCUGGAUGUGCUUAUCGGGGGAGGA